AUGGCCACCGAGCCCGAUCUACCCCGGCACAUGCGAAUUCCCGGCGAAGACGGGUACCGAACGCCAACGAUAGAAGAUGCCGAGCGGGCGCUUUCAGUCCUGGGGGCCGUUGAAGAAACCCCCGGAGUUCGCGAGGCUCAUUCGUCUGCCUUGGAGGCUGCACUACAGCGAGCCUCAUCGCGGGCCACUGCGAAAACAAAUCCGGAAAAGGAAGCCAGUGUGUACCAAGAGCAUAACGGGCUGGGCCUGUUUGGGCUCAAGCGCACGGUUUCUGGUGAGCUGAGCUGGAAGAAGCGCAUUCGCCAUGUUACCUGGGCGUAUUUUACGUUGACUAUGGCUACGGGCGGGCUGGCUAACGUCUUGUAUCAAGUUCCAUUCCGGUUCAAGGGCUUGGAUACGAUUGGUACCGUUGUCUUCCUGGUCAAUGUCGCUUUAUAUCUCAUCAUCUGGGCUCUUCUGCUUGUUCGGUUCUAUCAUUAUCCGUAUACAUUCAAGGCGUCGUUCAUGCAUCCCACAGAGUCGCUUUUCGUGCCCGCAUCUAUAGUAUCCUUCGGCACGAUCCUGAUCAAUAUCUCGCAGUACGGUCCUGAGAACACGGGUCCAUGGCUGAUGCGCGCAGUCUGUGUUCUAUUCUGGAUCGAUGCCACUCUCGCCGUGAUGUUCUCGGCGGGCAUCUACCUCCUCCUUUGGUCGACACAGACAUUCACCAUCGCGCAGAUGACUCCUAUCUGGAUUUUCCCCGCGUAUCCGAUGCUCAUUAUUGGCCCGCAUGCUGGGAUUCUCAGUGCGAAGCUGGAACCGUCGCAGUCUCUGCCAGUCAUUAUUGGCGGCAUGACUAUCCAGGGAGUUGGCUUCUUGGUUUCGUUGAUGGUGUACUCGGCCUUCAUCUACCGUUUAAUGACACAGAAGCUGCCGAGGGAAAAUCUCCGUCCUGGUAUGUUUGUUUCCGUGGGACCGAGCGGGUUCACGGUUGCCGGGUUGGUGAAUAUGGCGGCGGGGGCGAAGAGGUCGUUUCCGGCCGAUUUUAUGGGUAAUGGGCCGCUGGCUGCCGAUGUGUUGAAGAUUGUUGCUAAUUUUUCAUGCCUUUGGCUUUGGGGGUUGGCCAUAUUUUUCUUCAUUAUUGCAAGCGCAGCCCAUUGGUCGGCGAUUGGGCAUGGACGUAUGGUCUUCUCAAUGACCUGGUACUCAUUUAUUUUCCCUAAUACUGCCUUGAUCACUGCCACUUUUGCUAUUGGCAAGGCAUUCUCCUCUACGCCUAUUGAGAUUGUUGGGUGCGCGGCGAUACUCCCGUUGUUGUUGAUGUACUUUUUUGUUUGCUACAUGAUGGUUCGAGCUAUUUUGGCACGACAAAUCCUGUGGCCCCAGAAAGGCGAGGAUAGAGACGAGGGUGGGUUCGAGAUUCUUCGGGUUAAACCAGUGGCUGCAGCAGGGGGUUUAGGAGACACCUAG